AUGGGCUGGCAGUUUGAGCUGAGCAAAUUCCUGUGGCCCGUGUUUAUUCACUGCUACCUCGAGCUUGUCGAUAACGGUUACCCGACCGAGGCCAAGUCCUUUCUCACAGAUUUUGGCGAUGACUUCAAAGCAGUUCAUGGUGACGAUUUAAAGUUGCUGUCGACGGUUACACUGCCUGCGCACAUCCAAGAAAAUGAGACUACGAUGCUCUACAAAACCUCCAAGUACCAACUUCCCGUUACCGACAAGGUCGAGGCGUUGGUGUUGGGUCAUCUGGAGAAGGAGUAUGACAAUGGUGGACAGACCGUCAUUCGAUUGCUCGGACGGUACUGCACCAUCAAGACCGUGGACCGGGGUCUGGCUAACCCCAAGAGUUUCUUUGCAAUUUUCAACAAUCAACCAAGCGUCCGUGUGGAUGAGGCCGAUGUUCUCGAGGGCAUUCCAGGUGUUUUCACCGGUGUCAGGUCCAAUGUUGCCCCUGACGUGCCACUGAAGCUCGGUCCUUUGCCAAUGGAAGCAGAACUACAAGAGGAGGUUCGAGCUGAGAUCGAGGAAGAGGAUCGCCGCAACCCGCCAGCCGAUGGAAGAUCUACCCUCCUCGAGGAGUUCGACAACAAGAUCAAGCGGGAAGAGAGCAUGGAUGGACCCGCUCGCGCCGACCUUCCACUACCAGCUUCUCGAUUCAGAGACGUGUGGAGUGAAAUAGAGAAGAUCAGGGAGCACCGGGACCGUUUCCGUAUUGAAGGCAGGACUGGUGGCGUUGGUGCAGCCGUGUCUGUCUGCAUCUAUAACUGCAUCGAAUUCUCCAACGACCAAGAGCUUGUCGCCGUUGGCACCAUGGACUCGUACAUUCGUGUGUGGAGCAUGGAUGGGGCCCACCUCAAAUCCGCGCUUGACCACGCCAACUCAUCUGUGACGAACAACCGCAUGCUGAUAGGCCACUCUGCGCCUGUCUACGGGCUUUCGUUUUCUGACUCUGUGUCCUGGCCACACGAAAGCAAGGACACUCCAAAAGCGCCGCGGUUGCUACUGUCAAGCUCAGCCGACGGUCAUAUCCGGCUGUGGUCCCUCGAUACCUGGUCCUGUCUCUGUAUAUACAAGUCUCAUGACGGUCCCGUCUUCAACGUGCAGUGGGGUCCCCAUGGCCACUACUUUGUCAGCGGUGGUUGGGACAAGACUGUUCGUAUCUGGAUGCAGGACCACGCGACACCAGUCAGGACCUGUGUCGGCCACGAUACCAGCAUUUCCGCCAUCGCGUGGCACCCGAACGGUACAUACGUCUUCUCAGCAUCCGAUGAGACGGACAAGUCAAUCCGCAUGUGGUCCGUCAUCACUGGAGACUGUGUAAGAGUCAUGGUCGGACACUAUCAUUUCAUCAACGCAAUUGAAUGCGCUCCUAAUGGCAAGAUCAUCGCGAGUUCUGAUAUUGAUGGCAACAUCUUCUGGUGGGACCUCGAGAAGGGAGUCUGCAUCAAAAAGAGCAAGGGUCAUGGAAAGGGCGGCAUCACUUCCCUCAGCUUCAGUGUUGAGUCCAAGGUUCUUGUCUCCGCCGGGGUGGACAACACUGUUCGUGUUUGGGACGUGGACUUGCCUGCUGAUGGUAGCAAGCCUAUUGGCGGUGCGCCGGGCCAAACCACGCAGCCGGAGAACAACACUAGCACGGGGGAUUCCAUGGGACCCAGUGAUCGCAGCAUUACGGUCGGUGGACAGCCUCAACAGCCACCUGCAGCCGCAGCUUCUGCUUCGAAUGCUGGUGGUGCUGCGACCGGUAGCUCUGGUGUUUCGGGCUCUGGCAGUGGUAAGAAGAAGGGGAAGGAUGUGCAAAUCACGGCCGAUCAAAUCAGCGCUUUCCCGACCAAGAAGACCGCCGUCAAGAAAGUUCGGUUCACGCGCAUGAACCUAGUUACUGCGGCUGGCGUCUACGAGCCUGAGCGUUGA